AAGCCCCCCUGGGGUGGUGUCUCCGAGCCAGGAGUGCCAGUGAGGUCACUGCUUGGUCUGGCUCCACCCUGAGAUCUCGUGGUUUCUUCUGAUUGCCAGGCCUGCCUGGAAAGCUGCAGGGAGGAUCCCAGCUUCUCUUGCUGUCCACGCCUGAGCAGGAUCCCAGCCAAGCAGAGGAGAAGGUCCCCAGAGAGACUCCUUCCCCAGCAGCGGACACCAUGUGACUCCGAGGGGCUGGCAGAUGCCGGGCAGGAGUGGCCCACAGCCCUGGCGGCUGGAGCCCUCAGCCUGGCCAGCUCAGCUCCACAGCCAGGGGCUGAGGCAGGCAGGACUCAGCGGGGCGCCAGAGACAGAAGGAGCCCAGUGAGCACCCGGCCUCCCAGCCUCCCACUGACCUCACACCUGGCUGAUGAUGGAGCCGAAAGAAGCCCCACAGCACGUGGGCUUCCCCCCCAGCAUCCAGGAGGAUGUGGCCUUCAACCUGGCCAUCCUGUUCCUCACUGAGCUCCUCAGCCUUGGUGGACUUCUGGGCAACGGUGUAGUCCUUUGGCUGCUUGUUCGCAACGCCUACAGAAACCCCUUCUCCAUCUACCUCCUGGACGUGGCCUGCGCAGACCUGGUCUUCCUCAGCUGCCACAUGGUGGCUGUUGUCUCCGACUUGCUGCCUGGCCAGCUGGGCCUCCCAGGCACCAUCCAGACCAUCCUGACCACACUCCGGUUCCUCUGCUACAUUGUAAGCCUGAGCCUGCUGGCAGCCAUCAGCAUGGAGCAGUGCCUGGCCACAUUCUUCCCAGCCUGGUACCUGUGCCGCCGCCCACGCCACAUGACCACCUAUGUAUGUGCGUUCAUCUGGGCAUUCUGCCUGCUUCUGGACCUGCUGCUCACUGGUGCCUGCACCCUGUUCUUUGGGGAAUCCAGCAGCCACCUGUGCUGGACACUGUGGGUGAUGCUGGCAGCCCUGCUGGCUGCACUGUGCUGCGCCAUGUGUGUGUCCAGCCUGUUCCUCCUGCUGAGGAUGGAGCACGGUCCUCAUGGGCACCAGCCCCGUGGAUUCACUGCCCUGGUCCUCCUGGCCGUCCUUCUCUUCCUCUUCUGCGGCCUGCCUUUCGGCAUCUUCUGGCUGUCCUGGAACCUGCACUGGCAUAUCCCCCACUACUUCUACCACCUCAGCUUUCUCACAGCUGGCAUGCACAGUGCAGCCAAGCCUGCCAUCUACUUCUGUCUGGGCAGUGCUCCUGGCCGGGGGCUGCGCGAGCCCCUCCGGCUGGUGUUCCAGCGGGCGCUGGGGGACGAGACCGAUAUGAGGGCCAGGAGGGAAGCUUCCCACAGGGGCCUCAUGGAGGUGACUGCCUAGGCCCUGUGAGUGCUGCUGACUGCAGCUCCAGCCUGGGGGAACUGGGGGAGCUGCCAGAGUGGGAUCAGAAAGACUUGGAAAGAAGACUGUUGCUGGUGUGCCUUUCCCUUCCCUCUGCACCAGGCCCACAGAAAGUUGCUAGAAAGGCCAGACUGGAGGCCAGGUCUCUAGAGGCUCUAGGAAUGUGCUUUUGAGGAAACCUCUGGGUGCCUUCUCACGCUCAGGAACUUGUGAGUGCUGCCGUGCAACAUGCACAUUCCUCUGAUGCAGAGAGGAGACAGACAAGGGAUAGACUAGCUCACCCUCCUUCCCCUCCUGCUGGCUGCAGACACCUCCACCGCAGAGCACAGCGUGAUCCACCUCAGUUCGCUUGCCCCUUCCUCUGCCGCAGGCUACCAACAUCCCAAAACUGGAGGCUGGCUUAGGCCAGAGGAAGGAGAGGCUCAGGAAGCCCUUGGUAGCUAGGCCACAGAAAAGAAGAUCCUCCAGAACCCUAUACCACCUCCUUCGAGCAGAGUCUGCCUGACUCCUGUUGGGGGCCAAGAACAAAGCAGGCACCUGGUCCAGAGUGUGAGAGGCAAGCAGCCAGAUGAACCCUGAUAGAAGCCAGAACAAGCCAAGACUCAUCACUGCAUGUGGGACACAGAUGCUACAGGGCCCAGUAGAGUAGUCACAGUGCCUGGUGACGGGCCACGCCCACCUGGGCUCCUGUGAAGAGCUAUGAAUGUGGACCCUCAGGAUAUCAUCUGUUUCAGUACUGCCCAAAGCCUAAUGCACCACACUGUCUACAGUGACCAGCAGAGUCCUUGUGACCAUGUUGUCAUCAGGGGUUUAAGUAGGAAAAUGGUGACAUCUCCUUGAUGAACUCUCAGAGCAGGGCUUGGCAUGGAUGGGACACUUUGAGGUUCCACCCACAUGGCUGCAGAGAUUCCUUCUCAUUAAUAUUUUCUUGCAGAAGGAGGCAUGGAGAGGCUCAGAGAUGGGCUUUUAGAAGUGCUGCUGUUUAAGGCGGUGAGAUGGGGCCUGGACAAUGCAAACUGUGCCCAGAGCUUCAGAAAAACCGGCAGUCAUUGAGGUUCCUUGGAUCCCAAGGUGAAGCAUGCUGUGUGGGCAACGGGGACGCUGAGGGCAGAAGGUCCCUCAGUCCAGCCUACAGCUGGGGCAGCCCUGACCACUGGCAGCCGCCCCACCCUGCAGGAUGGAGCCCAGAUCUUCAGCACUUGGAUAGCUCCCCACUGCUCCUCUGCCCCAGCAGGCUUCUCCAAAGUAAGUGGGAGAGCUCCCCUGGUGCAGGCAGGGGGCACAGAGAUGAGCCCAGAGCCACUCACCCAGGAGUCUGCUCAUGGCAUGAAUAGCUAAGAACGGGAGUCGGAGCCAGCUAGCCUGUGCUGAACCCAGCUUGCUGCCACCCCCAUGUCACCGUGGGUGAGUUACUCAAUCUUCCCAAGCCUCUGCUUCCUCAUCUGUGAAACAAGAGAGCCAAGUGACCAGACUAAGGUGCCUGAGAAGGGAGCCUCCGUGCCUCAAGGUGGAAGAACAUUCGCUCUCGGCCAUGAUGCAGCUUAUCACUCUGAGUCUGAAUCACAGACCCCUACCCAUCAUUCUGGAGUCAGCUGCUCCAUUGUUAGCUCCCUACACGGGCAGUGCUGGGCUGCAUUCCAGCCUUUGCCCUAGGGUGCAUCCUGGCAGGUCUGGGUCCAGGAAUCCUGGUGGCUGGGUUCACCAAAGACCUUAUCUCCUCCCAGAGUCACCCAAGAGCCUGCAUGGCCCUCUCUCUCCACCUCCAGGACAGGAUCAUCACUUUGAGGAAAUGAGAGCAGAAAAGGAAAUGGCUUGUCCAUAAAUCUUACUGUUAGCUCUGGACACCCACUUCUGUCAGACCCAGGAAGGACCAGGAGGGAAAACACCAAUUGAUCUCACAGGUAUUCAUCUUGCUAAAAUCCUUUUAGAAAUGUGGGAAAGGGUUCCCAUUUUGCAGAAGAGAACACAGAGUCUCAGAGGGGUUCAGUAGCAGCUCCUAACUAUCCAGAAGUUGUCAGUGCCUGAAGUCAGUCCCUGGACCCCUGUCUACACAAGGGGGGCACCUUGCUGGACUGAGGCUGACUCAGAGGCCCCCAUCACCAUCUCCUCAGGCCCUUUUGCCUCAUCUGGGGUACAGGUAUGCCUGAAACCCUCAGGACAACCCCUCCCAGAGAGCCAACCCUCAGCAUCCAAGGAUUUGAGGACAGCUCUAAAUUCCUCCCAUCUGGCCUCAUGGGACAGAGAUACCUCUCCUGAGGGGCCCCAAAACUGCAGCCCCUUCCAGGGUCUUCUUGGAAAGAGCCCACUCCCUCCACCCCAUCCUGAGUGUGGCAGCAGGCAUGUGGCCCCAUGGCCAAAUUCUGCAUAGACUCUGUCUGCUCAGCCCCCAUCUUGAGAUCUGGCAGGCAGUGGGGCCCUGGGAGCAGGUGACCAUCCACCAGACCCAGAGCUAAGACUCUAGGCCCCGGCCAGGCCACCUCAGCCUGGACCCCCACUCACCCUGUCUGGCUCACAUCCCCCAAGCUGCCCCUCAUCUUCUGCCCCCAGAGCCAACAGAGCCCCACUUGGGAACUCUGUCCAGCUCUGGCCCCAGGGUUCACCCUGCAUGACCCUGAGGGCAGCUGCUCCAAGGCAGCCCCUUCCUGAACUCUCAGACAAAGCUAGAUCUGUGGUAGCUCAGGGCCCAAGAAGGACAAGGCCUGCAGGCUAGGCCAGUAUCCAACCUGACCCACCCACCUCAGGACUCAGGACCCACUGGGGCUGCGCCGGCAGGACAGAGUUCUUGGGAGAAGGAUGUCACUGCUGGGCCAGCCAGUCUUUCCAGGACACCUCUGUAACCCUGGUCCCCUAUCCAGGCCCUGCACAGAGCACUGUUGGAGCCCCAGGCCUGUGCUUGCAAGGACAGGGAACAGGGCCUGGCAGCCAGUGGCCCAGAAGACACCCCCGCCCCACCUCCACCCCUGCUGUGCUCAGAUGCAAGCGUGAACAUUGUCCCUUGCCUGGUCCUGUUUGCACUAUGGAGGCCUCGCUCACUCCUCAGCUAUUUCCUGAUCAUAGAAGUUGGAAAAUAUAGCUGAAUGGUCAGCCUGACAUGUGAAGUCCCCCUCGGUCUAGUGUUAUCAUGACCUGUGUUAUUGACACCACUCUAGAGCCUCCCAUCCCAGGCAGUGGGUCCCACCCACCCUGCCCAGGUGCCAGAGGGGCCAUGCUUAUAGCCCACGAGCCAUGGGGGUCUCUAUUGGCCAUCCUGCCUCCCCAUCACCUGGUGUGUGGCCUCUAGACUGUGUCAGACUCAGCUCAUUUGACAACAGGGUGUUUUUCCUUCAAACCAUGGGGUCACAUUAGUGACAAAUGCCAGCAGGGGCUGAGCCUACUCUGCAUUGGGCAGUGGCUCACAGGUGUAGCAUGCAAGAUGUCACAUUACCUUUGUGGUAACCUGCCGCUUCAGGAGUCAGAUAGCCAGCAGGAGCCUCAGCCUAGAGGGAUCAGGACCCUCUGCUGGGGGGGGGGGGAGGAAGAGGAAGAGAAAACAGUCAGCUCUUGAAACCCCCUUUGCUGCCCAAUGAGACCUCCACUCAGGAAGGAGGAAGUCAGAGAGAGCUGGCCCCUGGCCCAAUUGCAUCUCAAAAGCUCCUCCUCCCUAAGUCAGCUGAGUGUUUGUUCUCUGCCUUCUUGGUGUUCUGGCCCUUGGGGCUUCACUGACUGGAGGGAGGAAUGCACACAGAACCAACUCCUAGAGUUGUAAGCCACUUCUUCCUGCCUCUGCACCCUUUUAUCAGAACUCUGGGCACCGUAGUCCCUACUCUCAUUCUUCCUGGGCAGGAACCAGAUACCAGGAACAGCCCCCAGGCCUCAGAGCUCAGAAACCACUCAAACUUGCCAGUCCCAAGCCCACUUACCCUCCUACCAUCCCUUCCUAUGAAAACCACAAUUCUUUCCCUAGCCCCUGCCUCCCUACCUCUGACUCCUGACUGACCCCACUGCUUUCCCAUGGGAUCCCACACAUUGGUGUUUGGGGUGACAGCUCCAGGCUUUGGGUCAGCCCUGGUUCCAGUGGCCCAAGAUCAGCUUGAAGGCAUUCAGACCUGUGUGUGCUGAGAGAUGGAAAGGGGCCCCAGAGGUGACAUCACACCCAGGCAAACAGAGAAGGGGAGGGUGGUCUGGGGGCAAUUGCACCUGGGUGACCCAUCAGAAGGGUGGCAGGUGAGGAGGCCCUGAGCCACCUGAAGACUGGGCCAUGCAAGCUUGGCCUUUGAAAAUCAAGUGCAGUGGCACUGAGAGCCAGGAGGGGUGGCUCAGCCUAGAACUUCAGGCCAUGCAGAAUGAGUACACCACAUGGCACAGGCCAAUGAUUUGUGUUAAAGAAAUGGUUUCCAAAGCCAAAUUUCUUUGAGAAGUAUUAGGCCAAACAGCACCUUUUUGGAUGUGAUUCCUGAUGUGUUGACCCUAAGUGUUCUGUGUAUUCCCAGUCAGGAAUCACAAAACAAAAUCCCCAAAGGAGCCAAGGCAUUUCUAGUUUCAUCAUUCUGCAGAAGAAAAUUUGGAAAAGCAUCCAUCAAGUCAAGGCCAGGGGCCCCCUUGGUCUGUGCAGGCAGACAAAUAGUUGGCGGGGGGGGCUGGGCUGGAAGGUGUGAGGUGUGUACAGGAUAUCCCUGGAAGUCCUGGCUCAAUGUGGAAAAAGUCCCAAGCCACCACCUACAGUACCCAGACACUGAGUUGUCCUAAAUGGUCAAUCCAGUGAAAGGAGGAAAGGAAACUGAAACACAGACAGGUUUGGGUAUUUUCUCAAGGCCAUACAGCCAGAAAGUGUCAAGUCAGAAGUGGCUUCCACAUCUGUACCUAUCAUUCGUGGCUCACAAGUGCCUCUGCAGCCCCCAUAGGCUGCUAGGAGCUGCCUCCUAUCAGAGGAGCGGCUGGAAGUGUGGUUCAGUCCCUGCUAGACAUAGAGUCCCCAGGCUGCUCCCUCCCCUGCACAACCCAGGUGCUGUGAGUUCAGGGGCCACCCAGGUGUGGCGUCAGCUUGACAUGACUGCAACCAUCUGGAGCUGUAACCAUCCUGCCUCUCCUGAGUGACUCUAGUCGGUUUUCCUGCAUAUUUUCCCAGCAAACUAUAAUGCAUAAAUCCAAAAGGUUGAUACACAGAGCUUUGCAACUAGACCUUUUGCAAGGAUGUGCCCAAUUCCUCAGUUCCAGCCAGAAUGAAAUCACUUUUGUCCUGACCAAUAAAUAUGCCCCUCUUUCUGACCCAAAUUGCAGGCAUCCAACUGGUCUUGCUGCCACAUAGGACCAUGCUUCUGUCUGUAAGGCCCCAAUAAAUUUCACUCUGCAACCAUG